AUGCCUAGCCCUGGGAGCUGGGUCCUGGCUUCUCUGGGCAACCUGUGCCAGGGCCUCAACAGGAAAGAAUUUCUUCACCAUGUCCCAUCUAAUCCUACCCUCUGGCAGUGGGAAGCUAUUUCCCCUUGUCCUAUCCUGCCAGACCCUUGUCCAAAGUCCCUCCAGCUUUCUUUAGGCACUGUGACUCUAAGGUCUCCCUGGGUCUUUCUCUCCUCCAGACUGAACAUCCCCAGCUGUCCCAGCCUGUCACCACAGGAGAUGAGGUUUGUGAGCUGGCUCACCUGCACAACUUCUCCAGCUGCUCUGGGAUUCCCAUGUGAUGGGGUUGUGCCUUUGGCAGUGCCUUGCGCUGCAGGUCUUCCAUUUUCAAAGAUGAACUCCACCCUUCUGGUCCUGGGCUGUUGUCUCAGCUUCCACAGUUCAGUCUGUCCCUCAGCAGCCCAGCUGCCCCUCCUGGUACCUUUGACCCCCUUUCCUGGCAGCCUCAAGCUUCAGCUCCCCACCCUGUCUGGUGGCUCUGCAGUGAGUUAUUCAGUCCUGAACUGCUUUCUGGUGUCUGGAGUGUCCAGGCUGGGCUCCUGCAGCCCUGUGCGAGUCUGGUGCUUCAGAGCCUCAAAGGACACAGUGCUGCAGCUGGAUUUGCUGCUGAGGCUGUUCCUAUGCUUGGGAACUCUGGAUGAGCUGUGUGUUCCCUUAGAACAGGGGUGUCUGAGGAGACUUUUCCUUUGCAGAAGUGGGUUUGUUCUCAGUGCAACUUCCACUUGCUGCCAGGUGGGUUUAUCUCAGGAUCAUUCUGGGAAGGGGCUGCUCAGUACCUCACACUGCCUCUGUGCUGGCAGUGUCCUGGGCAGGGUUACUCCAGAUUGAAUAACAGAGUGAAGAGGCACGGGGACAAGCAGUCCUAAAGUGUUAGUUAUUUCUGCAGUCCCUGAGAGCCGGAGCUGAGGCAGCUUUGCUUGGUGUCAUUAAAACCAGUUUGUCUCAAUUGCCAUAUGCUGUCAUCCCAUUCCUGCUGCCAGGCUUCCAUCUAGAGGGUUUGGUUUUAAAUUUUCUUCCUGGUCAUUAAGGUUUGUGAUGCAGUCUCCAGUCCCUGUGGAGUCCCAAAAUAGCUCUGAUUUGUGGUCACCUCACAUUAGUGACCGGGAUUGAGCAGUGACUGGGUUUAGACCAUUUUCUGUGUUUUGAUGUUUUAUCAUGCUGAUUUUUACUCAAAAUGCUCUGUGGUGGGUCCUGUGCCACAGCAAAGGCCCUCAGAGCUGCAGCUGUUUGGGGAACAGAUGCAGGGGUUCUGCUGUGGCUGCCUGACAGGUUCAGUGUUGGCAGCUCACCAGGAACAGAGCAGAGCACAGGAUCCUGGAGGCUGUGCAGGGAGAGGCCCUGCUCAGCUCUGAGAGCCAGUGGCAGCUCUGGCCCGGCUGUCACAGGGGCCCCAGGAUGUCACAGGAUGGUCAGACAGGAGUACCUGAGGACCAGGGGGGCAGUGGGAGACACCCCCACCCCAGCAGCAGCAACAGGGACUGCUGCCCACAGGGGAAGGAGGGACUGGGGGAAAGAACAAGUGUGGGAAAUGGGCAUAAAAGGGGCCAAUUGUGUAUAAAAAGAAAUAAUGGAUCACCACAGAGUGCUCUUCUUUUCCAGUGUUUUGCUGGUGCAUGGGCUCUUCCUGCUACACAGGGAGAGCUCACCUGUAUAGCCCACCCUUCCAUCAGUGUUCUACAACCCAUGGACAUCGCUCCUGCUGGAGCACCCACGGGUAUUGACAGCCCUUGGGCCAAGCUGGGAGGAGCCCUGGAGCGUGGCAUCAGGAAGGAGCUGCCUCUUGACCCACCUUGAUAGAAGGUGCAGCUUUAUGGGUGCUAGAGGCAGGUGAGCUCAGGCACAUAACUGGUACCCCCAUCCCUUGAGUAGAGAGAGACUUU